GCGAAAAGAGUGAGCACCUAGCAAGUCGACCUCUUCAAGCUUUAAGCGGUCAUUGAUUCGGAAGUGGCAACUAUUAUUUGGGGUAUUGCGUGUGAGUUCAUAAUUAGCCAGAAAAGAACACUGAAAAUGGGGAUUACAAGUCUGUAAUUUGUUUGUGGAGAAUCAGUUUUCAUUCAAAAGUGACAAUGUCAAUCGUAAACAGCUUCGUGAUGAAUUUCAUGUCCAAAAAACUUGUAUGCUUUGUGUUAGUUCAAAUCGUCAUGACGACGAGUGCUACUGCGAACGCUUCCGAGGUCACACUCCCUGGCUACGUCGUUACUCGCAAUCAAAGCGCUGGCAACAGGACCAUUGAUUUUCAAUCCAACGAAACAGGAUCAGCUGCAACACAAUUUGCAACACCACUGCCACUAGUUGAAGCUGCCACAGGCCCGGUGGCAGCCACCACUACGGAACCACCAGCUUCAGCGCUACAAGUUGGAUCAGCCAAAAUAGGUGGAACACAGACAGCAGGAGCAGUAGACACGGAAUCGGGAGUAACAGAAGUUGCAGACUCACUAACAACAGCAGAAACUGUUGUUCGAUCCACUGCAUUUGCACGGCCACUAUCACCAGCGACAACUGUAACAGACCUUGCAGCAACAACGCUAGCUCCCGAAGCCGUGACACCUGCAUCAGUACCACGGCCAAAAGCCGCCUCAAAUAAAAUAUUCCCUAGUGGCGGUACAGUGACAUUCGGGCUACCAACACCCGCACCACAAGUGACAGCAGAUACUCCAGUAGCAGCAGCACUGAUAGAGAAGUUCACAACAUCUGCCGGUGUUACCAGGUCUUCAUCCAAUAAACUGAUUGCCCGUCGAUCACAAGCACGAGCAACUGCAGCAGAGAAAGUAUUAGAAGUGGCACCAUUACUGCUAAAAGUCUCAGUUAGCACUGCAGUAUCGAAGAUAAGGUCAAUUUUUUCUCGACUCUUAAAACCAGAACCUGCUACCUUGACUCCUACAGAACCUGCUACCUUAACUCCUACGGAACCUGCUACCUUAACUCCUACAGAACCUGCUACCGUAACUCCUACAGAACCUGAUACCUUGACUCCUACGGAACCUGCUACCUUGACUCCUACGGAACCUGCUACCUUAACUCCUACGGAACUUGCUACCUUAACUCCAAUAGAACCUGCUACCUUAACUCCUACGGAACUUGCUACCUUGACUCCUACAGAAGCUGCUACCUUGACUCCUACAGAAGCUGCUACCUUAACUCCUACGGAACCUGCUGAGCUCGACACUGCCUUUUACCUCACCACCAAGGCUGAUCAAGAUCAUCCAUUGAAACCGGAACCAUCUGAUAUUGAGGUGCUGAAGAGAGCGCCUCUUAAUCCUCCUACAGAACCUGCUACCUUGACUCCUACAGAACCUGCUACCUCAACUUCUACGGAACCUGCUACCUUAACUCCUACGGAACCUGCUACCUUAACUCCUACGGAACCUCCUACCUUAACUCAUACAGAAGCUGCUACUUUGACUCCUACAGAAGCUGCUACCUUAACUCCUACGGAACCUGCUACCUUAACUCCUACGGAACCAGCUGAGCUCGAAACUGCCUUUUACCUCACCACCAAGGCUGAUCAAGAUCAUCCCUUGAAACUGAACCUGUCUGAUAUUGAGGUGCUGAAGAGAGCGCCUCUUAAUCCUGGCGGCCGCCUCAUAAUCCUCGUACACGGCUUCAAGCCGUCAGGAAGCUCUUCCAAUUGGACGGAGAAAAUGAGAAGAGAGCUGAUGGAAGCUGAUAGCUCUAGCAACGUGGUGGUAGUGGACUGGUCCAAGGGCGCCGAGGGCGCUGUGGACGACGAGGGCGCCGAACACAACAGGUUGUGGAAUAUCUACAGUGGAAUAUCGCAGCGGCGGAGAACCAAUCUUGCUAAUCUUGUUAGACAUAUGGUUAUCGAGUUGAUUAAAUCCUACAAGCAGGCUGUAAAGAAUACGGAAAUAGUGGCUCGGGAACUCGCCUCCCUCAUUAACAGCUUGCAGGAACUGCAUGGUAUCCCGAGUAGCAGGAUCGAACUGAUAGGCCACAGUCUGGGGGCACACUUGAGUGGCAUGACCGGUGCUUAUCUGCAGGAGCACUAUGGAACCAAGGUUCAGAAAAUUACAGGGCUAGACCCAGCCAAAUCGGGGUACGGAGGCAACGACACUUACAUAGGACUGAAGCGAGGCAACGCCGAUGAAUUGUACAGAAUUACAAGGCUAGUCCUAGCCAAAUGGGGGUACGGAGGCAACGUCACUUACAUAGGACUGAAGCGAGGCGACGCCGAUGAAUUGUACAGAAUUACAAGGCUAGUCCUAGCCAAAUGGAGGUACGGAGGCAACAAAACUUACAUAGGACUGAAGCGAGGCGACGCCGAUGAAGUGAUUGUCUAUCACACCGACACAGUCUUGUUUGGCAUAAAGGACCCCAUCGGCGACAUAGACCUCUACAUCAACGGCGGAAAAAGUCAGCCGGAAUGUUCUGGUAAAAUGCUGGGUUGCUCGCACUCCUACGCUCACGAAUUCUACAACAAGUUCCUGAAGGGGUGUACCGUCGUGGCCGUUCGCUGCCCCUCCUAUGAAAUGCUCCAAGAUGGUACAUGCCGGUGCUGCCAACCUCCCUACGAGUGCGUGGAAUUUGGAAUAAAUUCUGUGGUCCCUGAUAACCUUUCAGGCCGCGCUAUCUACUAUGUGGACGAAAGUUCCGUUGAUAGUAAACACGUGUACGACGUUAACAUCACCAUGAGCAACACUGGAUAUGAAUUUAAAUUGGACCACCUUAUCAUCAAAGGCACUAUCGGCAAAGAUGGCCCCAAUUACCUCAACUCCUCUUGGUCCCCUGCCGGAUUAACUCAUCGAUACGAGAUACCGACGACCAAUAAGUGCUUGGGUUCUUUGCGCAGCAUCGAUACAUUUUUCUACUAUAGAAGCAAUGUCCCCCGAAAUUUGUUCUCAAUAUUCGUAGAAAUGCUCGAUAACCUCAAGAGUACGCACGCUGUAGGGGAUGAUGCCGGAACCCUCAGCUCAGAAAGUAAAUUCGACCGCUCAGUUACCGUGAUAAAAAAAAAAAUAUGUACUUAAUAGUGAAGGAUCGAGCAGCUGCCAAGUGGCGACUACAGACACAACUGCACUAGGACCUGCAGCUCCAACAACUGCAUAACACCCAGCAUCUGUUACUACAUGACCAGCAGCAACAACACUUACAGUAUCAGUAUCAACACCAGCACCAGAUACGUCCACUAGUAUAUAUCACUGAUUCGCUCAUUUCAAAUCCAUUUGUAGAACAAAGGCAGAACUAGCGGUUCUGCAUUUGUUCUACAAAUGAUACUCUGCAUCGGUACAAAUGAUAUACAUCGAUACUCUAGAAAAUGCGUUUACAUAUAAUCAUGCACCAACGUAAUGACAGUUCAUCAGAAGAUAGGAUAACCGUUUGAAUUAAUUAAACCUCUUGUUCGGGAGUUAAUCUUUCUCUUGCAAAGAAUGGUAGACUUUAAUUACACCACUUAUUAUCUUUACGACGAUCUAUGAUGAGGAGUUACAAUAAAAAUGAUCGGUUGCAUGAGACUUUUGCAUGGAGCCAUGACAGUCUGAUAGUUUCCAGGUCUCACAUCCGUAUAACAGUUUUGUUAUACGGAUGUGAGACCUGGAAACUAACAAAGGGAGAAGAGAGGAAACUAGAUAUCUUUCAGACCAAAUGCUUACGGAAGAUUUGCAAGAUCCGAUGGCAGCAACACAUCUCAAACAAGUCGGUUCUUGAUAUGACAGAAGUGGAGAAAAUCAGUGAUGUGGUGAGGAGACGGAGGUGGAACUGGGUGGGACAUGUGUUGAGGAAGGACAGAGCAAGCGACUGUGCUGUGGCCCUCGGGUGGGCACCUGAAGGAAGGAGGAAGAGAGGACGCCCAAAAACAACUUGGAGGCGAAUGGUGGAAGAGGAGAGAAACCGAGCAGG